AUGCCGACGACUUUUGCGGGCAGCGACAAGAUUGCAGCCGAUCAUGCAAAAGCGGCCGCAAAUGUGGAGAAAGGAGAAAUAGACAUCAUGACUGAGGAGCCUGAGAAGACCUAUUACAGCACCGUUUCUGUCUGGCUUAUGGUCUUAUUUUCUGGCUUGGCGAUUGGUUCUGACGGAUACAAUGCCGCCGUCAUUGGCAAUGUGGAGCUGCUGCUCGCUAUUCUGUAUCCCGACGAAUUAACUGACACAAUCUACCAGCGUCUGUCAAAUGCGUUCCUCAUCGGAAUGAUUGUUGGCAUGCUGCUUUUUGGCGUGGUAGUUGACCAACUUGGACGAAAGACCGGCGCCGUUGCAACCACAGUUCUGUUGGUGCUGGGCAUCACGCUCUCCACGGCGGCCAGUGGAACAGACCCGACUGGAAUGUUCUGGAUGUUGAUUGUGGCUCGCGGUAUAGCCGGCGUUGGUGCUGGUGGAGAGUAUCCUGUGUCAGGCGCUGGUGCAGCCGAAGCCACAGACGAAGACGCCAAGUAUCGCAAGAGGAGAGGCUUCAUGUUCGCCAUGUUGGCGGAUCUGUCAAGCAGUCUGGGAUAUAUUUGGGGCGCUUUGGUGCCCUUGCUUCUCUUGCUGUGUGUUGGUCAGCAAGUUUCCAAGUAUGACAUCGUUUGGCGAACGUCUUUUGCUCUUGGAAUGGCGCCCCCGCUUCUUAUUUUCUGGUUUAGAAUGCGCAUGGCCGUUUCAACAGCAUACCGCAAGUCAGCAAUGCGUAAGCAGCGCACACCUUACUGGCUGGCUUUGAAAAGAUAUUGGAGGCCUCUCAUCGGCUCCGCUUCGACUUGGUUCUUGUACAACUGGAUCAGCAUUCCUUUUGGUAUUUUCAGCUCUACCAUCAUGUCUCGAGCCAACGCCGGUGACAGCCUCGUUAAAACACUUGGAUGGGGUGUCGUAAUCAAUUGCUUUUACGUACCCGGUCCCUUUAUCGGAGGAUAUCUCUCCGACAAGAUUGGUCGACGUCAGACUAUGGCCUUGGGGUUCACACUGCAGGCAAUCCUUGGAUUUGUUCUCGGUGGAGCGAUGAACCCUAUCCAAAACAUCUUCCCAUUGUUCGUCGUGUUGUACGGUAUUUUCUUGACGCUGGGCGAAGUUGGACCCGGAAGGUAA